AUGAGCUACCAGAUCUCGCAGCGGCUAUGGUCGCAGCUGCACCACUUUGCCACGUUCCAGCAGACGGGCAUCUCGCUGCGCCAGAUGGUCCAGUUUGGCCGCAACCCCAACCCGGGCACCGUGCUCCAGGCCGGCAGCUUUCUGGCCGAGGAGCUCCCCAUCCGCCUCGCCCACCGCGUAAAGGAGCUCGACGAGCUGCCCCACGAGCUCGGCACCAUGCCCUCGAUCGUCAAGGUCAAGAACUGGUACGCCCAGUCGUUUGAGGAGCUCGUCAACUUCCCCAAGCCCAAGCUGCCCGAGUCGGUCCAAAAGGCCCUCGCCGCAUCGGCCCAGUCAGCAGAGCCGCUGCCCGAGUCGAGACCCAACCCGAGCCUCCUCGACUCGGCCGCCAUCGAAGACGGGCCAGCGGACAGCUCCAGCUGGGACGGAUCCGGCAAGCACAGCAGCAACGGCAGCGGCGGCACGGUCGCGCUCAGCAAUGGCGGCAGGAACGGCGCCAACGGCAACGGCAGCGGCAACGGCUCCUCGUCGGGCAGCCGCAGCGCCAGCCUCAAGCGGAGAGCCAUCCUCGAGCACCGGUACUACGCCAACCUUCCCGACCAAAAGUGGCCGCCGGAGAUCAUCCAGUACAACGAGGACUUUACCAAGGCGCUCGAAAAGAUCAAGAAGCGGCACGACGCCGUCGUCACGACCGUGGCGCAGGGCGUGCUCGAGUACAAGCGGUCGAGAAAGGCAAACACGAUCCAGGCCGACGUCCACAGCUUCCUCGACCGCUUCUACAUGUCGCGCAUCGGCAUCCGCAUCCUCAUCGGCCAGCACAUUGCCCUCAGCCGCACGUCGCCCACGACGUCGUCGGCGCUGCUCGAGGGCGGCUCGGUCGGCCUCUCGAACGACAUUGCCCGCAGCGCCGGGUCGCCGCACGGCGAAGAGUACGUCGGCAUCAUCUGCACAAACACCAACGUCGGCGCCAUGGCCCACGAGGCCAUCGAGAACGCGCGCUUCGUGUGCGAAGAGCACUACGGCCUCUUCAAGGGCCCGCCCGUCCAGCUCGUCUGCCCCGACGACCUCGAGUUUAUGUAUGUCCCCAGCCAUCUCAACCACAUGCUUUUCGAGCUGCUCAAGAACUCGCUCAGAGCCGUCGUCGAGCGGUACGGCGUCGAGAAUGAGGACAACUUCCCGCCCAUCAAGGUCAUUGUCGUCGAGGGCAAGGAGGACAUCACCAUCAAGAUCAGCGACGAGGGCGGCGGAAUCCCGCGCAGCGAGAUGCCCCUCGUCUGGACCUACAUGUACACGACGGCCCAGUCCGAGGACCUCGAUCCCGAGUUUAGCGCGUCGGAUUUCAAGGCGCCCAUGGCCGGUUUCGGCUACGGCCUGCCGCUGGCGAGGCUGUACGCGCGCUACUUUGGCGGCGACCUGAAGCUGAUCUCGAUGGAAGGGUACGGCACCGACGUCUACCUGCACCUCAACCGGCUGUCGUCGAGCAGCGAGCCGCUGCCGUAG